CAGUGUCACACCCAAGUCGUCACAAUUCUGAACACCGUCCUUGAUCAAAUUGCCUCAUCUGGGCUCGUUCAUACAGCCUAUACUUCUCUCUACUUCUUUACAUUGCUAGCUCUCACUCGGAAACACGUUGUAUCCCGUCCUCAAGUCUAAAAAUGGGCCACGCUCUUUCUCGUCUUCUACAAUUUAUCUAUCACGCUUUAGUCGCUUUCUUCACGCUCAAACGAAGACGCCGGACUGCGCAAGAUACAACAAGUACAAGUCCCGAAAUAGUUGUCAAAGAUUCGGGUCAGAAGGAGAGGACAUUGAACUUGAGCUCUGAAGGCAAUGCGAGUACCCGGAAUACGGAGGGUGGGCGAUUCCUACACGAUCUCAAGAUGAAUUGUACAAAGAGUCGACGAUUUCCGUGGGAAUCGAAGUUGAAGGACUGUGCUCGGAAACCUACAAAACGUGGAGUCUCACCCCCGAGGAUCUUUGUUCAAGACUGGAGCUCUGUUCCUUUGAGCUCCCCGGAAUUGGGCUCAUGGAAUUUUGAACGACCUCAAGAAUCGAGGAUGACGUUCGGAGCUGGGGGCGAAGAUAAAGUCCAGAAAUAUGGCUCGCCAAUCACUACUGAAAUCACUCAGGCCAUCGCACAUAGUGACUUCUUGCCCUGCCGUGACGGUGCUUCUGGUUACUCUGGUGAAAUGCUAUCAAUCGUACCAGAGGAUAGAACACUCUCUGAGACUCCAGAUCAUGACUUGGAUGACGGGGGCGUGAAUAUCAACCGCAGCCGCGAUUUCAAUUUUGUGGGAUGUCCUGCCAACAACACCGACUCGCAUGUACAGAUUGAAUACUCGCAGUCCUCUCCUCAAUCACCUUUCUUCUUGCACGAACAUGAUUCAUUCGACUCUUCUGGCUCCCAAUACUCUACGGUUUCACCUGAAGCGACUUCUCCACCUAGGAACCUCCCAAAUUUGUUCCCGCCACCAACAGCAUCUUAUCCUUUCAAUCCCCAAUCAGCAGUCUCUGGCUUCCUUUACGAUGCACCUAUCUCCUACACCUAUGCUACUAUGUUGGGACGUGCAAAUUCCGUGCCGCUCCCAUUCCUCUCUGCUACUCGUGGUUCACCAUCGCCAAUCAAACACUACAGACAAACGCUCGCCCCUAAAAAAUCUCAGACCCAGAGUCCGGCUCUCGGUUCUCUUGAAAGCAUCACAGUGAACACGAGCUUUGGUUUCACUAGUGAACCUCAAGCUUCCGCCUGGGUUCAAGAACAAGAAGCGGACGACCACUCCAACAAGAUACCCUAUCCUGAUCUCUUUAGAUUCAGCAUGUACCUCAACCACUUGGCUUCCAGCGAUUAUGUAGUUGGACUAGGUAGUCUAGGUUCACUGGGGGCGCACGAUGAAGAUAUGGGUACUGGGAGACUUUCCAUCCCUCCUUCAGCUACAGAGGCAGCUAAAACUACGGAAGAAGACUCUACUAUUCCGCUGGAUAUUGUCUUCAACCCGAAGAGUUAUAAGGGACCAUUCGCACUGGGGAUUUUGGGCAAUCUGAACCCACUCCGACAAUCGUCGCCUUUGAAAAAAGACUUGUACCGAAGUGCCGCCUAUUCACGGCCUAUUCAAAUUACGAAUUUCGCUUUGGAGAUGGUUCAAAUGGAGAACUAUCCCGAUGGAAUGCGUAAGACCGUUUUACGAGGUGCGCUGAGCGGGAGAUCGCAAAAGGCUGUGUCUUCCCCGACAAAGUCUAUAGCUGGAACUGGGAGGAACGAUUUCGGUUCUAUUGGGAGUAUCGAGGGAACAGAGGCGAUGUCGUUUUCCCAUUCCUCGCCGGCCAUGGUGAAGGAGGGUGAUUCUCGAGGUUCUAUAGAUGAAAUGACCUGCUCGGCUGACAGUGCGAUUGUGGAGAGACUGCGCGAUGCGUCUUGGGAUACAUCAUCGUUUCAGUGGAACGAGCAAGAGUUUUUGGCAAUGUUGAGGCAUUCCCCCUAG